GUCCCAUUUUGAGGGCAACGACCUGCGGCUCACUACUCGUACCCUUCCAAUUGAUGACAGUCUAUGGCCAGUCAUGGCGUGCCGCGGACGGCGGUGCGGGAGGAGCGGACCACUGAAAAUCGGGAGAAAGAGCUCCGAGAAAUCCAACAGUAUCAAGGCCUUGUCGAAGAAGUCAAUGAGAAGGUCGCGGCGAAGGACUUUAGCCCCGAGUUGCUUCAAAAGACGGCAGAGCUGUUGAAGAGAAAUCCAGAAUACUACACAGUAUGGAACCAUCGACGGCGGAUCUUUGUCCAAGAAUUCUCCGAUUUGGACAAGGCAGUCCAAAACGGUGACAAGUCGCCGGAAAAUCGCAUCAGCGAAACGUUGGAUAUCAUUCAGAUGGAUUUGCAAUUUUUGUUUCCGCUUCUCCUCAAAUUUCCCAAGUGCUACUGGAUCUGGAAUCAUCGGCUCUGGCUGUUGGAGCAGUCAAGCCUUCUGCUCCCAUGUACGCAAUCGCGGAAGAUCUGGGAGGAGGAAUUGGGGUUGGUGGGCAAGAUGCUGAGUCGGGAUAGUCGCAAUUUUCAUGGUUGGGGGUAUAGACGGUUGGUGGUACAAAACCUGGAAAGUCAGACACUCCAGGGCCAGAGCAUGGCACGACCAGAGUUCAAUUACACCAAGAAGAUGAUUGGAGCAAACCUGUCGAAUUUUUCUGCAUGGCAUAAUCGGAGCCAGCUCAUCACGAGGAUCCUAGCCGAAGAAGAUGCUACGGAUGAAGAACGGAAGCAAAUGCUCGAUGAAGAGCUGGAAUUAAUUCACAAGGCACUUUGCGACCCAUAUGAUCAAUCGCUAUGGUUCUACCAUCAAAACUUGAUGUGCACCUUCGAUGGGGACCGGGCACCAAACAGCAUGGCACCACAGUUGACAGAUGAGCAGCGAAGAGACUACCUGAAAGGAGAGCAAGAAUAUAUCGAGGAGAUCUUGGAAGAUGCGGAUGAUUGCAAAUGGGCAUAUUUGGCACUCAUUGAUAUCGCUUUGAUGGCGAAAAAGCUAAAGAAGAAUCCAGACGGAGACGAAGAUGAAAAUGAUAGCAGCCAGGUUCUAGAGUGGCUCCAAGCGGUGAAAAAGUUGGAUCCGCUGAGAGCAGGUCGAUGGGAUGACCUGGAACGAAACCUGGUCCAGAACAGAGGAUAGGGGGCUUUAAGCCUGGUUAGAAUAUGGCCGAUCAGAUAUAAUUUACGGCGAGCGUGUGGCCAGAUUGAGGUCAAUUGUUACUCAAGAAGUUGAAGGCGC